CGUUCGAUAGACAUUGGAACUGAAAUGCAAAAAACUCCCCAGCUUAUGAACGAAUUUAUUUUUCACCACCUCAUCUUCAUCAUUUUUAUUUAUAGUUCAACAUUACCCUCCAAAAUUAUCCAAAGACAACAAUGAUAUUGCCGAAAUUGCAGCUCCCCACUCAUCUAGUGAAAUCCUUCUCUUGCUCCGCCGCCAAAACUACCACCCUUCAAGAAAUCGCUGCCAACCGCAAAGGUCUAGCAAGAGUAGUUCUGAAAAAAGGGAAGACACAACUCUUUCGAGAUGGAAGUCCAAUGGUUUACAGCGGUGCAGUUGAUAGAAUAGUUGGUAGACCGCCCCCAAAAACAGGUGAUACUGUUCUUGUAGCAGAUGGAACUGAGAAGCCAAUUGGAUGGGGUGUAUACAACUCUGUAUCCAUGUUUUGUGUUCGACUUAUGCAGCUUGAAGAAGAGGCGACAAGGGAUCCUUAUUGUGCAUUGGAUAUGGAAAGACUGAUUGAGAUAAGAUUUGAUGCUGCUGUAGAAUUACGUAAGAGGAUGGGGCUUCCAUCAGCCGAUACUAAUGCAUAUCGGUUGGUCAACAGUGAAGGAGACAGAUUAUCAGGCCUAAUCGUUGACGUUUUUGGUGAUGUUGCUGUGGUAGCUUCAUCUGCUGCUUGGGUUGAGAAAUACAAACAAGAAAUAGAGCUCCAUGUUGGUAGAAUUAAUGGUGUAAACCACGUAAAUUGGAGGCCAUCUGUUGAUAUUUUAAAGGAAGAAGGACUGGAUAUAUUAGAUUCAAAAGAAAAGACAUCACCAUAUACCGGAAGAGUGAAGUUACUGUGCAAGGUAAUGGAGAAUGGAGUGUGCUACUUGGUAUCAUUGGAAGGUCAGAAAACUGGAUUUUAUGCAGACCAACGUGAAAACCGUCAGCUCAUAUCAUUAAUUUCUAAGGAUCAGAAAGUUCUUGAUGUGUGCUGCUACACUGGUGGUUUUGCUUUCAAUGCAGCACGUGGAGGUGCUACUGAUGUCCUUGGGAUUGAUUCCUCAUUGCCGGCUUUGGAGCUUGCCAAAGAGAAUAUCAUCCUUAAUAAGCUGGACCCAGCUAGUGUUUCAUUUCUCAGAGAAGAUGCAACUGAAUUCAUGAAAAGAGCAGCAUCCAGAAAUGAAUCAUGGGAUUUAGUGAUUCUAGAUCCUCCCAAACUAGCACCUAGAAGAAAGGUUCUACAAAGCGCAUCUGGUAUGUAUAGAAAUUUGAACUCAUUAGCAAUGCAAGUUACCAAGAGAGGAGGCCUCCUCAUGACAUGUUCAUGUUCAGGAGCUAUGACUCAAAGCGGAACAUUCCUGCGUACCCUUCAGGGUGCUGCAUCGAUGGCACAAAGAAAGAUUACAGUUGUGCGGCAAGCUGGAGCAGCCUGUGAUCAUCCAAUAGACCCAUCAUAUCCAGAAGGAGCUUAUCUCACCAAUUACUUGCUCAGAAUUUUGUGAAAGAUGACCUUUUAAAACUAUGAGCUCUAGCAUUUAUUGAAUCCUUGGACAUACUUUGUGUUCAUCUGUGUUGUAACUAAUUGCUGAUGAUUAUACCUCUUUAAAAUUUUGCAUUCUGAGGAUUACACCUUA